UCUGUGCGAUGUUAUUGUCGAUCAUGAAAUCGUAUCAAUAUUAUAGCAAUAUUUUUGGAGAUGGCAGCACUUCACCACCGUGAUGGUUGGAAAGCAUGGCUUGUCUGUUUUUCUGCUGUUGUGUCGAAUAUUCUUAUCUUUGGUUCUGCAUCAACUUUUGGAGUAAUUUAUCCAGUAUUAUUAGAUGACUUCAAAGAGGGAAAAGCCACAACAGCCUGGGUUGGCUCUUUGGCUGGAUUUCUUACGUUUUGUCUUUCGCCUAUUUCAGCCAAGCUCAUUUAUCGUUUCGGGCCUCGUCUGGUUGCAAUCUUUGGAGCAAUAAUUUGUGCCAUUGGUUUGUUCGUGACCUCUUUCUCGAAAACCAUCGCGUUUAUGUACUUUUCGUACGGAGUGGUUUUUGGGAUCGGAUCAUCAAUGACCUACAAUUCAAACUUUGAUAUUGUCCAAAAAUAUUUCAAAAGGAAAACUUCAUUGGCACUUGGCAUUAUGACCGCUGGUGCCGGAGCAUCGUUCUGCAUGGGUUUCAUCUUCGAAAUUUUGAUUACCCAUGUGGGAUGGAGAAAUAUGUAUAAAUGUACUAGUGCUAUGGCUCUUGCUGUCUGUGUCUCUUCUCUCUCUUACAGUCCACAAGURGAAAAAGACUAUGAACCAAAGCUACCAAGAGAAACAAGAAUUGCACAAAACGGUGUAAAGCAUACUUCUUUGUUUAAGAAUUACCCAUACAUAAUCUGCUGUAUUUUGUCUUUUUUCUAUGUACUUGGAGUUAACAUUCCACUAGUCCAUUUGGGUCGUUAUGCACUGGAUUCUGGUCUUACUCUAUCUCAAGUCGGUCAUUUGUACAUCACAUACGGUGUCUCUACUGUAAUUGGUCGCAUUGUGAGUGGCAAGUUGUGUGACUUGAAGUGCAUCAACCUGAUUUAUUUGAAUUCAUUUGUCAUCGUUACCGUAGCAACAGCUAUAAUGUUCAUUCAAUAUGCUAAAGAUCCUGUUGGCCUUAAUAUGUACUGUUGUGUACAUGGAACGUUUGAUGGAAUGCAGGUGACCGCGACCUCAGUCAUGAUUACACGCUACACGAAUGUGCUAAAUAGGACUCGGGGAUAUGGAUGGUUUAAUCAGAUCAUAUCUUGGGGGUUCCUCUUGGCACCACCCUUAGGAGGUUUUAUAGCAGAUCAAACGGGUUCGUAUAUCCCUGCCUUCUACGUGGCUGGAUCAAUCGCCUUUAUCGGUGGUGCCAUGGAAAUGACCUUAAAAUGCUUCAAUACAGUCGACAUUGGGACAGUGCCCCCGAUGGAAGUGUUACUAGAGACGAUAGACGAUACAAACCAUGAGACAGUGGUCCAAAAAAUAACAGUUUUAUAAGAAUAUGUACGCGUUUACUCGAAGACAAUCUUAAUUAAAGUAAUGAUGGACGGAGA